GCUUCACUUCCGGCCCGCUCACCAGAGUCUCCGCACACAAACAUCAUUAAAGCACAGUGUGUGUAUGUGUUUAUUAUCUCUCAUAAUGAGAGGCACACACAUUAUAAUAGAAUUUAAGCAUCAAUGAAACCCGUUUCUGAGGGGUUCGAGUUGAAUCUCAAGUGUGCCAAAAACAAUGAACCUCCAUCAGGUGCUCACAGGGGCCGUGAACCCCGGAGACAACUGCUUCUCUGUGGGACGCAUCAACAACCAGCCUUUCACGGCGUACGCCUCUGGCUGUGACAUUGUCAUUCUUGGCAGUAACUUUGAGCGGAUCCAGAUCAUCCCUGGAGCCAAACACGGUAACAUACAGGUGGGCUGUGUGGACUGCUCACUGCAGGGGGGACAGAUUGCAGCAUCUUACGGGAACAUUGUCUGUCUGUUUGAGCCAGUGGAGGUCAGUCCACAAGGAAAAGCACAAAAAAAACUGAACUAUCAGUGGCAGAAGAGCGGGCAGUUCAUGUUGCAGUCAGCAGCUCACAUCCUGACGUGGCACCCCAGCGGUACGUGUCUCCUGACGGGCUCGGCGUGUCUGCAGUUGUGGUGCAAUGUGCAUGUCAGCUCUGAUACUGCAGAGGAAACGCAGACUGAUCCGCAGAGCUCCUGGAGAUGCAUCUGGCACUGCAAGACUGCUGCUCCAACACACUUCAUCAAGUUCUCACCGGAUGGAGAGUUUUUCGCGACUGCAGGACAGGAUGACUGUCUGGUGAAGGUGUGGUACAGCACCAGUAAAUGGCAGGCGGACGUCACCAGACUGUUCACCCCUCUCGACACGGGCUCCGUGUCAGAGAUCAACUUCUUGUUUAUUUACCUGGCUCACCCUCGCUCCGUCACCGGCUUCUCCUGGAGGAACAUCAGCAAGUACCUGCCCAGAGGUGCGGUGUGCAACGUCCUGCUCACCUGCUGCAAAGACAGCGUGUGUCGACUGUGGGCUGAAACACUUUUGCCUAGCGACUGUCUGCUGUCUGGAGUCAGACACAAUCAAAACAAGAACAUUAGUAGUGACGUCCUCAAACCAAACAACAUGAAGAAGUCCUCCAGCAACAGCCAGAACCAGAAUCAGAACCCACUGGAGUUGAAUCUGAAGCACUCGUGGAGAGAGGAGGUGAGGUGUUUGUCUCAGUUGUCGUAUACCGGCCCCCUGCCCCAACAACAGAACAAACACUACACACACCGCGCCAACAUCCUGCACGCCAACUCGCUCUGCCAUUUCCACAUCGCCGCCAGCAUCAACCCAGCCACAGAUAUUCCUCUGCUGCCCUCCAUCUCCUCUAUGAGCGGCUGUGAUGAGGAGGAACCGGGCGGUUCGUUCACCGUUCACUGGCUCAACAACAAAGAGCUGCACCUGACGCUGAGUAUGGAGGUGUUUCUACAGCAGCUGAGGAGCAGCGCAGAGCAGAGCGACACCAUCGAGAAUGGUAAGCACUCCUCACACCUGUACGCUGACUUAUCGGCGUCUGAUGAUUCACACGAGUCAAACAUAAGGAACCUCUUUGUCCCCACAGAUGUUGAUGACGGGAACGGUGCAGAUAACGCAGGUGUGAGCUCCGUCUCUCUCCCCGCAGCAGCUGUAGAUCAUCAGGUCGAUGUGCUGCUGAGCGACUGGAACAGAGCAGCUGACAUGCUCUUCAGCAUCCACCCGAUGGACGGAUCACUGCUGGUGUGGCACGUCGACUGGUUGGAUGAAUAUCAGCCCGGAAUGUUCCGCCAGGCACAGGUUUCCUUUGUGUCACGGAUUCCCGUGGCAUUCCCCACCGGAGACGCCAACUCUCUGAGCCGUAGCGUAGUCAUGUACGCCUGCAACAGAAACGUGGAGCUGGCGAUUCAGCACGGACGUCAGCGACCCGCAGGUCUGCCGCACUCCUCCUCUAUGCUGAUUGGCUUGUGUCAAAAUAAACCCGCCUCUAACAGCCUGCGUCUCAGCAUCUUCACCCCGAACGUUCUGAUGAUCUCCAAACACGCAGACGGCUCCCUCAACCAAUGGGCCGUCAGCUUCGCCGAAGACUCCGCCUUUUCCACGGUGCUCAGUGUGUCUCAUAAGUCACGGUACUGCGGGCACCGGUUUCACCUGAACGACCUGGCGUGUCACUCUCAGCUGCCGCUGCUGCUCACCACGUCACACCACAACGCCCUGAGGACACCUGACGGGGGCACCGCUCUCACCUGCUCGCCUGGCAUUACCACCUCAUCUCACAGGAGCAGAGUGUCAUCUGGCGGUGUCUCUCAGGACCCAAACGCGAUCUACAGCGAGCUGAUCCUGUGGCGGGUGGAUCCGGUCGGACCGCUGUCGUUCUCAGGCGGCGUGUCAGAACUCGCCCGGAUCAACUCUCUGCACGCGUCGGCGUUCUCUAACGUGGCCUGGCUGCCCACACUCAUCCCCAGCAACUGUCUCGGUGUGUAUGGAAACUCACCCAGUGCCUGUUUCAUCGCCAGUGACGGGCACUCGCUCCGACUCUAUCAGGCUGUUAUUGAAGCCAAAAAACUGCUGAGCGAACUUUCUAACCCGGACAUCUCUAAAUAUGUUGGAGAAGUGUUUAAUAUCAUCAGUCAACAAUCUACGGCCAGACCGGGCUGCAUCAUUGAGCUGGAUGCCAUCACUGACUUUCAGGGGAAGGAGACGCAGCUGCUGCAUGUGUUUGAAGAAGACCUGAUCUUGGGAAAUGAGAAAGCAGAAGAUUGUUCGCAGGAGUCUGUUCCCAGUCAGACCAUCUUCUCAGCCCGGUUCUUUCUGGUGGUGGUGGAGUUCACACAGAACGGCAGAUCACUGCUGCAUAUGUGGCAUCUACAUCUAGAUGCAGUUCCCGUCAUUAUGGAGGAAGCUCGUUGUCCUGUAGAGAGAGCGACGGUGUCUCCAUCACCUGUCAACAGUGCACAGUUUAACUUUGAUACGGUCGGCUCACCGUCCACCCAGAGAUCAAAACUGAACACGUCCAACCUCCAGAGUGCCUGUCGUCUCACGCUCACAAACAUGAAGGUUUUCAGUCAGGAGCUUGAUCUACCUGAGGGUGUGGAAGUCAUACGUGUGACACCUGCUGCAGGUCAUUUGAGCUCUUCGUCUUUGCAGCCAGCGGGACGCGCUCCGUACCUUUUGGCCACGUCCUGUUCAGACGGUAUGGUGCGGUUCUGGAGGUGUAGCUCUGUCUUUGACCCUGAGACCUCUGGGGAACCUUCAUACGUGUGGCAGGAGUGGCCUCUGUAUGUGGAGGAGGGUCUUCCCAGCAGCAGUGCUCUCAGUGUGUCUGGACCGCUCAUGGCUCUCAGCUGCUGUAACACCAGCAGAAUAGCGGUCGCGCACAGGGCUGAAAAAGCUCACUGGGGCGCCGGUGAGCCGCUCAUGCAUGUGAGUAUAUUCCAGUGCGAGUCCACGGGCGGCUCUCAGUGGAUACUGGAACAGACACUUAAAGUCAUCGGAUCUUAUAGCCCGAGUAGCAACUUCUGUGAUAGAAGCUUGUUGGUACCGAGCAUCAAAGAUGGUUUGGUGAUCGAUAACGAUUGCUUAGCUGGCGGCAAUAAGAGGCAGGUGCAUUUAGACUGGGUUUCCCGAGAGGAUGGCGCUCACAUAUUAACCGUGGGUCUGGGGUCCAAACUAUACAUGUAUGGGAUGCUUUCAGGAAAACCUCCAGAGCUUGGCCUGUCUGACAGCAGCCAGGAGCGCUGCUACUCUCGCCUGGUUCUCCUGCGUGUGGUGGAUCUGGUGUCAUCGGUCGAAGGUUCGCUACCCAUUCCUGUCUCUCUGUCUUGGGUGCGAGAUGGCAUCCUGGUGGUCGGGAUGGACUGCGAGAUGCACGUCUACUCUCAGUGGCAACCGCCGGCCCCGCCCAAACCUGCAGUCACUACCGGUGAGAACAGCAUCCGCACCGGUAGCGUAACGUCUCUCACUGCUAGUGCAAAACAGGAUGGACUGAGUCCAAAUCCGCCUAAAAAGACUUUCACCAGGUCAAUGACUAGUUUGGCUCAGAAGCUCAGUGGAAAGAGAACAAUGUAUGACCUCCCGGCUGAGAUGGAGGAUUCCGGUUUGUUUGAGGCAGCUCACCACCUCUUUCCCACUCUACCUCAGUAUCAUCCUGUACAACUUCUGGAGUUAAUGGACCUCGGGAAGGUCAGACGGGCCAAAGCCAUCCUGUCACACCUGGUGAGGUGCAUCGCUGGAGAGAUUGUGUCUCUGAAGGACAGCGGCAUCAGUCAGGAGCGCCGUCUGAGGUCCCUCACCAUCAGCGCCAGCGGAAGCACAAGCAGAGACCCAAAGAUGUUCAGUAAGAGCGAGAGCUUGGACUACACUGAGAUCGACGCAAUCCCGCCCCUGCCGUUAUAUGCGCUGUUAGCCGCUGAUGAAGAGACCGCAGCCACUGAGCGGACUGACAGUAUGAGCGGAUGCGGAAAUCGCACGUCCAGCCGAACGGAUGCUUACGAAGAGCUCUUCCAGGCCGCCGCCGUCAAUGUGGAUGACAUGGAUCCGUUUGGUGGUGAUGAGGAAGAUGCUAAUGCUCAAGUCAUUGAUCUGUCCAAGUACAGCCCGACGUUUUUCGGCUCUGAGCACGCUCAGGUGUUAUCUGGACACCUGCUGCACUCCAGUCUGCCGGGCCUGACACGCAUGGAGCAGAUGUCUCUGAUGGCCUUGGCCGACACUAUCGCUUCCACCAGCACAGACAUUGGAGAGAGUCAAGGGAAAAGUGGAGAGACUCUGGAUGAAUGUGGGCUGAAGUUUCUACUGGCUGUUCGGCUGCACACUUUCCUGCUGACCUCUUUACCUCCAGCUCAUCGAGCUCAGCUCCUCUGUCAAGGAUUGUCCACCUGUCAUUACGCCUGGGCGUUUCACUCUGAGGCUGAAGAAGAGUUACUCAACAUGCUCCCAGCUCUACAGAAAGGAGAGGCGAUGUGGCCGGAGCUCAGAGCCAUGGGUGUGGGCUGGUGGCUCAGGAGCACCAAUAAACUUCGCAGAUGCAUUGAGAAGGUAGCAAAAGCUUCUUAUCAGAGGAACAAUGAUCCAUUAGAUGCAGCCUUGUUUUAUCUUGCAAUGAAGAAGAAAGCUGUAGUUUGGGGACUGUACAGGUCUCAGCACAAUGUCAAGAUGACCGCGUUCUUCAGCAAUAACUUCAGUGAGGAUCGUUGGAGGAAGGCAGCGCUGAAAAACGCCUUCUCGUUGCUCGGAAAACAACGUUUCCAACAUUCUGCUGCUUUCUUUCUGCUGGCCGGAUCCCUCAGAGAUGCUGUUGAAGUUUGUAUAGAGAAGCUGCAGGAUCUUCAGUUGGCUCUGGUCAUCUGUCGGCUCUAUGAAUCGGAGUUUGACACGUCCCGCACCUACAAGAGAAUCCUGCAGAGACACGUUCUGGGUCAUGACCAUCAGAUCCCAGCGCAUCAGGACCCGUUCUUACGCAGCAUGGCCUACUGGGUGUUAGAUGACUACAGCAGUGCGCUGGACACUCUGCUUGAACAGCCCAAAACAGAGAGGGCCAGUCAAGGAAGCACAGCCACGUCUCCCUGUAACCCUGACGUCUUCAACUUCUACACGUACCUCAAAACUCACCCGCUGCUGCUCCGUCGACACUUCAGCUCUUCAGAUAAAGCUAAAGUGGGUCUGACGGCAGAGGGUCGUAUGAGUGACUCCAUCAGCCUCAUCGAGAGAAGACUGUUCUUCAGUGCUGCUUAUGCUCAUUUACAGGCCGGCUGUCCCAUGCUUGCUUUAGAGGUCCUCUCCAAAAUGCCAACAGUUGUUAAACGAUCAAAAAUACACCUCAGCCAGGAGAACUCAUCCCUGUCAUUGAAUGGCUCUAAAGAUCUUGAGAAGCACAAGGAUCAGGCCUCGCAUCUGGACUGGUCUCAGCCGGUUCUCAAUGGUUUUGAGUCCAUGUCUGAUAUUCUGUCUUCGCCCAUAGAGCACAGUCAGUCUGAUUCCGUGCUGAGUUUUGAUUGGAGUCAGCAAUCCGUGACCCUGCAGGAUGAGCCGCUGGAGCUGAAGUGGGACAGUGAAAAAGACGACUCUGAUGAAGAGGAAUCAGGACUGGCGAUGAAGACCAUCCACCCCGAGAACAACAGUGUCCCUCAGGAGACUCCUGACGCAGCGUCUACCUCCACAGAUCACGUGACCGAAGAGUCUCUCGUCCUGACGGACGACAUCCUCGCUGCUCGGCUGAAGUUUAGCUCCUGUCUGAAGAUCCUCACCACAGAGUUACGGACGCUCUCCACGGGCUACGAGCUGGACGGAGGGAAACUGCGGCAUCAGCUGUGUCACUGGCUGGAGCGAGAAGUGGCGGCCCUGCAGAGGUGCUGCGGGUACAACCCGUUUCUCCAGCAGCUGUCUGAAGGCAUCUCGGCAGACCUUGGUCAGAACGGCAUUGGAGAUGAUCUGGAGCUGCAGAGCAGGGAAGUCCAGCACAGACGCAGACUCUGGCUGAAGAGGAACCAGCCACUCCUGCGCAUCUUCCUCAGUUACUGUAGUCUGCACGGUUCACAUGGAGGAGGGCUGGCCUCGGUCAGGAUGGAGCUCAUUCUGCUGCUGCAGGAGUCUCAGCAGGAUGACAGUCUUCAGAUGUGUGUUCCUGCUCAACCGCUCAUCUCAGUUCCUCUUCUGCAUGCCUGGAGCGCCCGCUCUAAAACGGUGGUGGCCAAUCCCAUAGUGCACCUGACCAAUCUCACCCACGACAUACUGCACACGAUCAACAUGUUGGACUCGCCGCCACACCCCGAUGUCAUCAGUAAUGAGAUCUAUGUGAUGCACACACUGGCAGCGUCCCUGUCGGCCUGCAUAUAUCAGUGUCUCUGUGACGGACACAGUUACAGUCAUGUAAAUCCCUUCACGGGCGUCACCUAUCAGAGUGUUCUGAUUACCCAUCAGCCCCCUGUGAAGAGCGUCAGUAUGGAGGAGACCGUCCUGCCCAACACGUCUCCUGCGCAGUGGCCUGGAGUGAGCGCUCUGAUGAGGCUGCUGACCUCUUCAGGAGAGGAGAAUCAACUCGGACUGCCAGUGCUCUUGUGUGAGGUUCUCACCGCAGUCUUCCUCAGUCUGUUUGUUCACGGUCUGGCCACUCACUCCACCCAUGAGCUGUUCCGUAUCGCAGCUCACCGGCUCAACGGCAAACUCUGGGUGGCCGUGUUUGGAGGCGGAGCUCGUAUUCCUGUCCUGGAGAAGCCCAGUUCUCCCGCAGUGGAAGAUGCAGAGCAGAAGCAGAGGCGUUUUCGGCUCCGCUCAUCACGCAGUAACUCUAGAGAAGUUCCUGACAGUCCCAUCAGUCCCAGACCCGUGACGGAGCAGGAAACAUCUGUCUUUAAAGAGCGAUUCGUGCCACCUGAACUCAGCAUCUGGGAUUACUUCAUCGCAAAGCCGUAUCUGCCUCCAUCUGCCAGUCGAGUGGAGUAUGACUCUGAGGAAAGCCAAAGCAGUGAUGAUGAUGAAGAAGAUGAUUAUGAUGAUGAUGACGCUUUUGAUCUGAAUUCUCCGCUGGAAGAACAUUCCAACAAUAACUCCUACAGCUGGUGUCUGAUGCGUCUGGCUCUGGUGCAGAUGAUGCUGAUGAACCUCAAGACCUUCUACCCAUCCGCAGGUCAUGACCUCUUAGAUCUGCCCGUGUGUUCGCCGCUGUGUCACACGGCUCUGAAGACUCUCCAGCGCUGGGAGCAGCUCUUACUCAAGAGGCUGGAGAUUUUCGGAGGUCCUCCGUCAAAGUACAUCUCCACACAGCUGCUGGAGGGAAGCGUGUCAUCUGGACCGGCCCUACUGCGACACAAAGCCCUGUUUGAGCCCUCCAAUACACCUUUCAAGUCUCGACGGCGUUCGGCUCUGCCCGUUAAACGUCUGUGGCAAUAUCUGAUCAAACAGGAGGAGAUUCAGGAGACGUUCAUACGAAACAUCUUCACUAAGAAACGAGAUCAGAAUGAGGACAUCACUGACAGUAUGAAAUGUUCUGUGCUGGCGGAGCCCAACCAAACACAGAUUGGGUCUGAUCUGGGGUUUCCUGGAGGAAAAGCUCGCAUCAUCCACAAAGAGUCUGACAUCAUCACGGCGUUCGCCAUCAAUAAGGCCAAUCGGAACUGUUUAGUGAUUGCGUCCACUCAUGACAUACAGGAGCUGGACGUGUCCUCCAUCCUCGCCACACAGAUUCUGACGUGGAUCGAUGAGGAGGCAGAGACAGAGGUCAAAGGGGGAGAUGAUUUCCUGGUUGUUCACGCUCGAGAUGAUGUCAGCACGUUACACGGCACCACGCCGUACACCCACAGCAGCCCUGGCACGCCCAUCAACAUGCCCUGGCUGGGCAGCCUGCAGACGGGUCGAGGAGCUGCAGUGCUCAUCAAGAGAAACAUUAAUAAUGUGAGACGGAUGACAUCACACCCCACACUGCCGUACUAUCUGACAGGAGCUCAGGAUGGGAGUGUGCGGAUGUUUGAAUGGGGUCACUCACAGCAGAUCACCUGCUUCAGGAGUCCAGGAAACUCCAGAGUCACCAGAAUCCGCUUCAGUUAUCAGGGCAAUAAGUUUGGAGUUGUAGAUGCUGACGGAGCGCUCAGUCUGUGGCAGACCAGCACCAGUGGAAACACACACAAACCAUACCUGACGCUUCAGUGUCACAAUAAAACAGCCAAUGACUUUGUGUUUGUGGGAUCAUCGUCUCUCAUCGCGACCGCAGGCCUGUCAACAGACAACAGAAACGUGUGUCUGUGGGAUACUCUGGUCACUCCAGGGAACAGUUUAGUUUAUGGCUUCUGCUGUCACGAGUCCGGCGCGAUGGUUCUGGCGUUAGCUUCCAAACAGCAGCUGUUGAUCAGCGGCGGUCGGAGGGGCUGGAUCAGCGUUCUGGAUCUCAGUCAGAAAGUGCAGCGACAGAGUUUUCAAGCUCAUGAUUCACCUGUUAAAGCCAUCAGCGUGAACACCACUGAGAGCUGUUUCAUCAGCGGUUCUGCUGAAGGCAACAUCAAGGUGUGGAGUAUGUCGACCCAGAGUCUGUUACACACCUUCAGUAACGAACACGCCCGUCAGUCCAUCUUCAGAAACCUCGGCACGGGCGUCAUGCAGAUCGAAACCGCUCCAGCCAAUCACAUGUUCUCCUGCGGCGCGGACGGAACCAUGAAAAUGCGUGUUCUGCCGGACGUCAUGAGCACGUACAGCAACAGCCUGAAGAGCGAAGUGAAGUUCAUCAUGUAGCACGUUCACCUUUACUACCUUUGCACACGGUAAGACAAGCAAUACAAGAGAGACACAUCUGAGCGCGCUCGAAGGACGAAAACAUCACGGCUCAUAUCCAUCCAAUAAAACAGGGUUCAUGAUUUAUAAUCUCAGUCCUGGAGUCGCCCUCAUGUGUAUUCAAUCACACUGUUCCAUUUCUAAUACAGCGAGUUAAUAUGUAUUUAUCAGUUAAGCCUUAACUAGCCAAAGUAAGCAGUGUUGUGAUCGUGAUAUACAUUUAAAUAUAGUGAUAAGUGUCCUUAUAUUUCUACCUAAGAACCAUCAAUCUCUCCGAUCUCGCCGGGACUCAGUGAAGUGGCUUGGAACAUGAAGGUCCUGCUAAACGACGUGUGGUAGUAAUAAUAAUAAUUACAUAGGGAAGGUAUUGUGUAUAUUACGACAACAGUAUUUAGUUAGAGUUAGUGAUUCUUCACAGGUAAUGAGAUAUUAGCAUGAAAAGGUUUUAAAAACCUUCAGCUGAAAAACAUUGUACAGUGUACCUGUUGUUAAAUCACAUUGCUAUUUCUGCAUAUGAAGCACUUUGUGUAGAUCUGAAACAUCAUUCCGUAAUAGUUCAUAUGAAUAAACACUGAAAGAGUUUGACGGACGCGAGAGGUUUGUGCCGUACUUUCAGGAUCAAUGAAGGCGAGUCUGAUUCAUUCAUGCUGCCAAAGUCCCGUCGUUCUGACGGCAUGUCGAUUGGCACCUGAUGACAUCAUCAAUACAUGUGAAUAAAGCAUCAGCUGUUCAAAUGCACCGAUCAGCCACAACAUUAAAACCACCUGUCUAAUAUUGUGUAGGUCCCCCUCGUGCCGGCACAAUUGUACAGAGGGGUUAUCUGAGUUACCGUUGACUUUACCAGUUCAAACCAGUCUCUGUUGACCUCUACGGUAACUCGGAUAACCCCUCUGUACAAUUGUGACAUCACGAGGGGGACCUACACCAUAUUAGACAGGUGGUUUUAAUGUUGUGGCUGAUCGGUAUAAGCUUGAUUUACGUCACAGUGAGUAACUGGAAUGAAGAUCACGGCUACUUUAAUUUUAAGGAUGUAAAUAUGGUUGAAGAGGCUUGAUUGAGUUCAUGAUAAAUAACUGUUAAAUAUAAGGAAUAUUUAUAAUCAUUAAGGUUUCUGCAGAUUUUUCUUUUGUUUUUAGGGUUCAUUUUUUACUUCUUUUACCUGCGAGCACAAACUCCUCAAGUGUUUUUCAUUUGUGCUGGAAGAGGUUUUAUCUGAUGAAGGUCACAUGGUUUUUCUGGUUAGAUGUUUAAAAGUCUGUACGACAGUCAAAUGGAAUAAUGUGUCCGCUGUAGUCGAUUAUCAGCCGUCUGCCCUUUAACCUCUGUAAUGUGAAUAUACGCAAUUGAAUCUAAUUUUGUAACGAGCAUAAUGAAUCUUGUAAAUCAGACUGUGUAAUGUACAAAUGUAAUGAGAAAAUAAAUCAACCUUAAGCAA